AUGAAGAAGUUUGCCUCGACGCGCAGCCUCAACAAGAUCCUGCAGCAGUGCGACUCCUCGUCCCGCGAGUACGAGGAGAUCCAGGCUGUGGAGAAGAAGUGGCACCUGCAUCUGGCCACCCCGCGCAAGUUCCUGGACAAGAAGGGCAAAAUGCCGUCUCUGUUCCUUUCAGCGCCGCCGCCGCCCAAGAGAGCCCCCAGCACCACGCUGACGCUGCGCUCCAAGUCCAUGACGGCCGAGCUGGAGGAGCUGGAGAAACUGGAUGAGAUCCUGGCGGCAGCAGAGCCCUCGCUGAGAGCAGACAUUGUGGAAGCGGAUUCCAGGGCAGCCACUGUGAAGCAGCGACCCACGAGCCGGCGCAUCACGCCAGCAGAGAUCAGUUCACUCUUUGAACGCCAGGGCAUGGCCGCACAUUCGGGAGUCCUUUCCGGAGCCGAGAAACCCCACGUUUCACUGCGCAAAGGAAUCCCACGAACAAAAUCCGUAGGGGAAGACGAGAAACUCGCGGCUUCUCUGCUAGACGGGAAGUUUCCCCGGAGCACAUCAAUGCAAGACACUGUGAGGGAAGGCCAUGGGAUCCCACCACCACCUCAGACAGCACCGCCCCCACCUCCUUCCCCCUACUACUUCGACACGGCUCCCCCUCCGUCCUUCUCUCCGCCUCCGCCUCCGGCAAGAGCUUACGAUACCAUAAGAUCAAGCUUUAAGCCAAGCCUGGAGGCCAAACUCCACGGACUCCCGCAGGUCAUUAGCGCAGCCGAGAUGUAUGACCAGGCAAGGACUUCCAUACCUUAUCCCGAACGGCAGAAGAGGGCGCGAUCCAUGAUAAUCCUCCAGGAUUCCUCUCACCUUCCCGUGGAGCCGACAGAGAUCCCCCGGCCUGGCCCGUCCGCAACCCCCCCGGAGAAGCUGAAGAGGAAGGGGAGAGUGAUUGACAACCCCUACGCCAACAUGGGGCAGUUCAACGUCAGUCUGUUCGCUCCCACCAAGCCGCAGAGGAAGAAGAGCCCUCUGGUGAAGCAGCUGCAAGUGGAGGACGCGCAGGAGCGGGCGGCGCUGUCCAUCACGGGGGGCUUCACCCGGGAGCCGUCUCCCACGCGCAGGAGCCAUCGCCUGAGCGGCGUGGAGUAUCAGCACCACCCCGGCAUCGCUCAGGUUGAAGCCACAAGCAUCCCCUUCGCCACUGCCAUCGCGGGAGUCAUGAAGGACAGAGACCGUCGUCUGGACGAGCGGCGGAAAUCCACUGUCUUCCUCUCCGUUGGGGCCAUCGAAGGCAGCGCCCCCAGCAGCGACAUGCCAUCCUUGCAGCAGUCCAGGUCCAUCGAUGAGCGCUUGUUAGGAAGCCGAGAUGUUCUACUGCCUUCCCCCGUCUCAGCUUUAAAGCCAUUAAUUAGCAGCUCGUCAUCAACGUUCAUCCACCCCCUAACCGGCAAGCCCCUGGAUCCCAACUCGCCACUGGCGCUUGCGCUGGCCGCAAGGGAACGGGCCCUCUCGACACAAGUCUCAUCCCGGUCGCCCACCCCGAUUCACAGCCCGGACUCGGAAAGAGCAGCACCUCUGUUUGUGGACAUCCAAACCAAAGAACCGGAGAGGGGGGAGCUGGAGAGCUUAGUGUCACCCGCCUAUUCCCCUGGAGGCAAAGGGGCCGUUGGGGCAGACGCUGGGACUUUGACACCCGCAAAGAGCCAGUGGGGGACUCCAUCCACACUGAGGAAAGAGACCGAGGCCAGGGCAGAAACACCCGGAAAAGAGGAGAAAAAACAAGAAGACAAGAAGUCCAUGAUCAUUAGUAUAGUGGAUACGUCACAGCAGAAGACCGCUGGCCUCAUCAUGGUUCAUGCCACAAGCAAUGGCCAAGACGAGAUAGGGCUGGAGGUGAAAGAGGAGAAGCCAGCCGUCCCUGAGACGUGCGCGGAGCCAGCGGAGUCCCCCCCGGAAGAGGCUCAACCCAGUCCUGUGGGAAAGCCUCCAGUGAGUCCGGCCUCCGACAAGACGCUGGGGCAAGGGAGUUCGGAGGAGGAAGUGGAGCCCUACACCGUUACCCUCCCACCAGCCCAGCUGUCUUCGAGCGAUGAAGAGACAAGGGAGGAGCUGGCCAAGAUAGGGCUGGUGCCUCCACCAGACGAGUUUGCGAACGGGGUACUGGUCACCACCCCUGGCACACCAAUCAGCCACCUGGCUACGCCUAGCACGCCAUCCAUACCAGCGGCAGCAGUAGCACCUUCUACCACUGGCGGAACACCCUCAGGGAAGCCCUCUGAUGCCCCCGUAGCCCCAGAGUCUGCUGCAGACUCGGGAGUGGAAGAGGUGGACACCAGAAGUUCAAGUGACCAUCACCUGGAGACCACAAGCACCAUCUCGACGGUCUCCAGCAUGUCUACGUUGUCCUCAGAAAGCGGGGAGCCUACUGACACAUACACUUCCUUUGCGGAUGGACAAACUUUUAUACUCGAGAAGCCACCAGUGCCUCCAAAGCCAAAACUCAAGUCCCAGCUCAGCAAGGGGCCAGUUACUUUCAGGGACCCACUUUUGAAGCAGUCUUCGGACAGCGAGCUCAUCUCCCAGCAACAUGCGGCCACUCUGGCGGCAGCCAGCAUUGGCCGGCCACGCUACCUCUUUCAGAGAAGGUCCAAGCUAUGGGGGGACCCCAUGGAGAGCAGGCCAGUCCAUGGGGCUGACGAUGACAAGCCAACUGUGAUCAGUGAGCUAAGUUCCCGACUACAGCAGCUGAAUAAGGAUACGCGAUCACUGGGGGAGGAACCGGCCGGGUCCCCGUUAGACCCCGGGAAGAAGUCGCCUGUGGUCGCAGCACGACUUUUCAGUAGUUUAGGAGAACUCAGCACCAUUUCCCAGCGGAGCUCCGGAACCACCUACACAGUCCGGCCCGGCAGUCGCUACCCCGUCACCCGGCGCACCCCCAGCCCCGUGAAGCCCGCUCUGGAUCGGACAGAGCCUCUCAGCACCGUGCGGCCCUACGGCCUCACGCCCCCCACCAUCCUCAAAUCUUCCAGCCUCUCCAUCCCCCACGAGCCCAAGGAGGUGCGCUUCGUGGUGAGGAGCGUGAGCGCCCGCAGCCGCUCCCCGUCCCCGUCCCCCUCGCCAGGGCCGCCCCUGCACGCGCUGCACCCGCCGCGGCCCUUCAUGCAGAAACCCCUGCACCUCUGGAACAAGUACGACGUCGGGGACUGGCUGGAAAGCAUCAAUUUGGUGGAGCACCGCGACAAGUUUGAGGACCAUGAGAUAGAGGGCACGCACCUGCCCGCCCUCACCAAGGAGGACUUUGUGGAGUUGGGGGUAACCCGGGUCGGGCACCGAAUGAACAUCGAGCGGGCGCUCAAGCAGCUGGUAGACAGCUGACCGCGCAGGCAGCCUGGCCU